AUGGCACCCGCACUGGACGUCUACGAUGCGAAUUCAACCGAGAACCGCAGCGUGCAAGCCCUAGGCAAGACCAAGUCCGGCAAGACGCUGAGAAUCCGGUCAUAUCCGAAAUUUGACUCCCUAGAAGAGGAGCGGUUGUAUCGCAAGCAGCAUCUCGCAGCUGCAUUUCGAGUCUUUGCUGAUCGGGGAUUUGACGAGGGUGUUGCCGGUCAUAUUAGUGUGCGAGACCCUAUUCUGAGGGAUCAUUUCUGGCUCAAUCCACUCUCCACACACUUCAGUCAAAUCAGCGUCUCAGAUCUUAUUCUGGUCAACGAAGAGGGCGAGGUGGUGAUUGGCGACGAGCCCAUCAACGCAGCGGCAUUCGCCAUUCACUCGGAAAUUCAUAAGGCACGGCCGGAUGUUGACGCGGCAUGCCAUGCACACUCAGUGUACGGCAAGGCAUUCAGUGUGUUCGGUCGAGAGCUGGACAUGAUGACCCAGGAUGCCCUACGUUUCUGGAAGUCGCAUGCCGUUUAUGACAAUUUCGGUGGCGUGGUGUUGGAUCGCGAGGAAGGAAAACGCAUUGCCAAGGCACUGGGUAAUGGCAAGGCUGUUAUUCUGCAAAAUCAUGGCCUGCUCACCGUUGCCAAAACGGUCGAUGCUGCGGCCUUUUGGUUCAUCAGUCUUGAUAAGACUUGUCAUGCUCAGUUGUUGGCUGAUGCUGCGAGUGCCGGUACCGGGUAUAAGAAGAUUCUUAUCAGUGAUGAGGAGGCCGAGUUCUCCUUUGCGUCCGUUGGUACGGAUGAGAAGGGUUGGCUCGCUUUCCAGGGAUAUUAUGAUGAGCAAUUGGCGAAGACAAAUGGCAGUUUCUUGAAGUGA